AUGUCCUGGCAGACCAGUGUAUACCAAAGGCGCGUCUGCCCGAUACUUUUGAACGGGCAUGUGGUAAAGGUCACGAAUCAGCAGGUCCUCGAUCUUGAUUGUCACGCGGCAGACGUAACGGUGAAUAUCAGGAGCGAUGCUGCUCUACUCUCCUGCCAAUUCUUCGUCAUGUUCUCUCCUCACGACCUGCUAAUGCUAACCAGAAUGUCUAAAAUAUCAACCAGUGCCAUUUCUCGCCGGACCAAUGCCAAUGCGCAAAAGGGCUUGCCCCGUGCACUCCUCAGCAUAGCAGCACUGUCAGUCAAUGUCGCUAUGAAUCCUCAUGUGGGCAGGAACAACCGCGCCGACUUGGAAAUACUGGAACAGGCAGUCCGACUCACGAAGCCAUGGAUCGAAGCCAUGCUGGAGGAAAUACUGCAGCACUUCCCAUCACUUGCAAUCCACGAUAGCCGCCCCGCAGCAAGGCGACCGAAGAGUCUGCAGGACAAAGGACUCCUGGGAGUACUGCUAUCACUACUCUCUGCGUUCUGGAAAGUCAGCGGGUUGCUCAAGUCUGGCAAUGGCGUUCCGCGGCAAGCAAGAGUGUUGAGGCGAUUGCAUUCUGUUUUGAGUACUGAGCUUGCUAGUGCUGAGAGGGAGAUUGAGAGGUUGAAGGCGUUGGUGGGAGGUAAGCCACAUGCAAGGCGGAGACGUCAGGGGACGAAGAAUACGGGGACUGAGGAUGAGUGGGAGGACGUUGCCGCUGUUGAUGCUUCAGGAGAAGCUGCAGGGUCGAAUCGACGUGAAGGCACUGCUGUAGAGGAUGAUACAGUGCUGGAGCGUGAAGAGGUAAGCGCGGAUGUGAAAUCUACCAAGACACAACGGCAGAGCCAGAGUCCGCAAAGGAUACCGACAGCAAAUCCUCCUGGACUGGACGCUUCUGAAAAGAUCGAUCACACUUCGAGACAUAGCGACUGUUCGGGCUCACGACGCACUUCUAGAAAGACCUUGAAAAGUGCGCAAAACUCUCCACACUCCGACAAGAGUGCCGCAGGACAUGCGAGCCCUAAGGUGGACGUUGUGACUGCAGCGCGCCAGCAAGACAAGUCGCCGGAAACCCGCUCAAGCUCGAAAGAUGGUGGCCCGGCCAGCAAGGCCACGAGAACAGAUCGCAGCAGCCAUAAAUCGCCUGGCAAGUCUAGCAAGUCAUCGAAGGAGCGUGUAGACUCAAGGGUCUCUGAGCCGGUCUUUCAUAGGGUGGAUCAAGGAUCGCAGAAGCCAUCCACUAAGUCAUCAGCAAAGUCUCACAGCUCACAGCCUGCGAAAGACAAGGAAUUGUGGAGUCCGGCAACAAGUCGCAGUGGUACCGCGAGUACACACAGCAAGCGCAGCACCGUCAUGAAGGAAGUAGCGCCCUUGGGGGUGAAUAGUGUUAGCCCGCAAAGAGGACGAAGAGCGUCGCCCAAAGAACUCACCAGGACGCACAGUGUCGAAGAGGCAGCGGACGUCACUACUCAUCGCGAGCGACAAGCAGUAGCUACUGGAAGCCAGGAGGCUAUCAACGGUCAAAGGAUGGCCGAAAAUGGAGUAAAACCGACGAAAGUAGUUGGGAUUACAGGACGCUCGCAUGCAUCCAGUAGGGCAGCAUCAGAGGCGGCCAGUCCUCCAGCACCGACCCAUGCGACAGAAGGCUCUGGUGCGCCCGAAGUCGGCGCGCCGCUCCAAGACAACACGCAGAAGCCGCGAAGCAAUGCAUCAAGCAGGACUUCAAAGACAUCAAGAUCCAAGCGGCACUCGAGCCACGCGAAGCAGGACACAGACGUUGGUGUCCAGGCUGAGACUGGCAAGCCCGCGAUAUCACCAUCCUCCCAUCACUCCGCAAAGUCUGACAAGUCCCGUCGAGGCACACCUCAGGCGCCCCGUUCCCUAUCGACAGGCAUAUCGUCACCUGUGAAGUCGCGUGGCAAGAGCGGAUCAGCUUCACCUGGAACCGGAAAGCAUUCAACUUCGCGCUCUUGUUGUGCCUCUAGGAUGUCCAGCGAGUCGUCUAGAGGCGCGCAACCAGAGGCAAGCGCUCCAUCGGCGCAUGGAUUGUCGACGAGGAGAAUGGCUAGCAGGACCAGCUCUGUAUCGCUCGAGGACGCACAACACGGUAGCGACAACGACAGUGCCUCGAGUGCCUCAGCAUCAACCACAAAGUCGAAGCGAGGUAACCAAUACUCGCAGCAGACAACGUCCGAAGAGCACGAAGUUGAUGCCGCCAAGCGGCUUCUCGACCUCGGAGGUGCCAUCAUGCUGGAUCUCUGGCGAGCAGUGGUUGCGAUUCGAAAGCGUGGUCUUGCGAAGUGA